AUUCAAGUGACACAAGGCUUUGACAGACAGUUGAGGCUUUUGAAAAAGCAACAUGGCUGCCGAGGUGGCCAAGGUGAAGAGUGCUGCGGUGAUGAACAUUCAAAUUUGCAGACUCCAAUUUCAGAGUGCGACGUAGCUUUGCCCUUCUUUUGCGGUAGCAUGAGGCCCACAAUCAAAAUCAAACAAACCAAACGGGAAGUUUUUAACGGUUUUCUUCGUUAAAUUCGAAAAUUCUUCGUUCAAUCGAAAGUAAACAAAACAACCCUUUCGAAGCAGCCCUGCAGUUGUAGGAUUUGUUUCACGCGCUAACGAUGGCUGCGAAUAAUUUGCGCCAGUUUUAUACGGAAUUUAUUUUAUUGUACAAAAGUUUUCCCUGCCUGUGGGACAUUACCUCGAAGGCGUACAUCGAUCGGGCGGAAAAGCAGAAAGCGUACGACCAGUUGGUACAAAAGUAUAAAGAAAUCGACAAGAAUGCGACACGCCAUACGGUUACAAAGAAGAUCAACACUCUGCGAACGUGCUACCGCCGGGAGCUAGGAAAGAUUAGCAAAUCCAUUCGAUCCGGUGCCAGCGAGGAGAAUGUGUACCAACCGACGUUAUGGUACUUCGAUUUGUUCACCUUUCUGGACGAAGGCAAAGGUCAGGAUGGGGAAUUGCCAUACGAUGGCUGUGAUACAAGUGCUGCGGCACAGGAUUCAGCUGUGGAAGAGAUUGUAGAGCAUAUAGAAAUAGAGUAUAUUGACGAUGAAACACACCAGAAUAGUAACGAUUAUGAUUCGACUGGGGAGGAGGAACGGCUCCUUUCACCGUGCAGUAUGGGCUCCAUCAACGUAGCUGAGCCGUCCGCUGGGAAAAGAAAAUACUCUUUCAUUGAACAGAGAGUAGAUACACGAGCCAGCUAUGGCAGUGCUAGCAAUAAUGUACCAUUUACUUCAAUGCGGGAAGAUGCAUUUGAUAUUUUUGGCAAACACGUUGCGUACAAACUGCGUUCCCUGAGCAAGGAGCAGAAUAUUCUGGCGCAAAAGCUCAUUAACGACGUGCUGUUUGAGGGUGAAAUGGAAACACUGAACCGACAUUGUAAAAUAUCCAUUCCAAACGAUCGUCGACAUAGGGUAGCGUGCACGAAACACGAAAUUUAAGAGGUUUUUCAAUGUUUUUGAAAAGAACAAGUAAUAUUUUGUGGAAAAAGCGAGAAAAGACUUUACAAUUCAAACGUGUAUUCAUUUAUUUAUUAAUAAAAAUAAUUGUAAGCUGCCCAAGUAUCUUCUUCUUCUGGAAGAAAUGCGAAGCUCUAAAACGUUACUAUAUAAACUCAAUUUUAAGUUCGGCUCUAAGACUUAGAGACUUAAGACACAUUACUGGUACAUUGGAUGGAUAAUAACUUAAGUAUAUAAAACACUGACUGACAUGCGCGUGCUUUAAAGUGCAAUUAAAGAUGAAGAGAAAAAAAAAACGAUUCAGUGUGAUGCAUCGAAGGGUUUGCUUUACAGUUUAGCUAAGUC